GAAUAGAUACAAAGGAGCGCCCUUUCAAAUGUAUGAAGUGUAGAAGUACCUUUGUACGACGCGACCUUCUUCUUCGUCACGACCGUACCGUUCAUGCUAAAGAUGGAGGGGUACCUCUCCACAGCGAUGGAAAGCGCCGCGCAGGCGCUGGUGUCUCUAAAGCUCGAUCCGUCGGUGGUCCCUCAAAAUCUUCCAUUGCCAUUGACACGUCGACUCUAAGUGAACAAAUUGAAGCCAGUAGUGAAGGCGCCUUCGACGUCGAACACGCUGCUAUGCUGGUAGCCGAUCUCCACCAUAAAGCCAUGAUGCGCGACAAUGCAAGUCCCUACGAAUCUGGUCCCUCGAUGGCGUAUACUCCCACCAGCGCUCCGAUAAUGGACCCCGCGGUUACUUACCCUGCCAGCGCUGUUCCGCUACCUCACAGCGUACCCUGGGAUUCGUUUGUUUCCCAGUCGACAAUGGAUGCCAAAGCUCAAUCGGUUGCAUCGAACGCAUCAGCUUCAUUCGAGUCGCAACAGCCUUUUGCCAAUGUGAGUGCCACUGAGGUCCAACCUGACUUAUCCCCUGGUUCCAGCUAUAACGGCUACAUGUCCACGUCUCACUCCGUAGAAAACUCGCCGUCUCUCAGCACCGGCCCAGCGGCCUUCAACAUCCCAAAUCCAAAUCCAUGUGUGCCUCUUAUUACGAACAAGUCAGCUAACCCCCCACCCCAGACCUCGGGUGGAUUCAAUGUUCCUCGAGUGAACAGCGACGAAGAGCGAAAUACAAUUCUAGAUAACAUUCGAGCAAACGAUAUCGAACACGCAAUUCCUGAAGGCUUCCGUGUUCCGAACUUAUCUUCCUUGAACCGUUAUCUAUCGACUUAUUUUACGCUCUUCCACCACCACCUACCGUUCUUGCAUCCUGCAUCGUUUAAUGUUACCCAGGUAUCUCCCGCCUUGCUGCUCGCGGUGCUGUCGAUUGGUGCACUUUAUGCUUUCGACCAAGACCAAGCUUAUAUGUGCCAUAUCGGCUCCAAGGUCUUGGUCAACCAGUUCUUGCAAAACAAGGAGAACUUCAGCUCCCGGAAGUGCCCCCUCUGGACGAUGCAGAGCUCACUUCUCAAUAUGAUCUUCGCUAGCUGGAGUGGAGAUCCGAAGGGAUUGGAAUGGGCCUGUUCUAUCAAGAGUCUCCUGGCUAAUAUGGUGGCUGGUAAUCGCUAUGAGUUGAAACUUCGGCAAGAUAGUCGUGAGGGUGCACAGCCGAAACGUGACGAAUGGAUUGAGGAUGAAGGUUGCCGGCGCACAUACUAUGCUGUCUACAUCUUUUUCGGGUUGCUCACCCUAACAUACAAUCACACUCCUGCCAUUAGUUUCAACGAGUUUGAGGACCUUCAGCUUCCUUCCCAGGAGGCGCUUUGGAACUCUAAGGUUACUGACGAAGCUGCUUGGCAAGAACAGUUGAAAGCAUCACCUCCAGUUACGUUCAUGGUUGCUCAUGAGAACCUCUUUCAGGGUGUGAUGUUAAAAUAUAGCGCCUUCGCAACGCGUGUUAUGAUCAACGCAUUGUUCCUCGAAGUGUGGUAUCAUAAGCGUAGCCCUGAGGCACUCCAAGAUGUGGUGACUGAGUACAAGCUCCGAAUGGCUCUCGAGACGUGGGAGAAAUCUCUAGAACUCUGCGAGCCCGAGGCUGACACAGUCCCUCUCAGCGCACCUCACAAGGGGCAUCCCCUAAUCUUCAAUGCCAAGGCAAUGUAUCGCAACGCCCGCGCUCGCCUAGAAGUUGACUUGAAGACAGUUCAGGAAGCUCUCCGAUACCAUGACCACUACGAAGUAGCUGCUGCUAUGUCGAAUGCACGCGACAGGGUAAAGCGCUCCAGCGAGAUGAUCAAGGUAAUCGACGAGUGUUACAACUGUAUCGAGACUGCUGUCCGCCAAGGCGUGCGCUGGGUUGCUCGUACUUCUCCGACCAACUGGAGCAUUGAACAUCCUCUAUGCGGCAUGGAUCUCAUGAUCACCCUCACCUUGUGGCUAUAUCGUCUGGAACAUGAUGAAGAAGCUGCUUCCGAGGAAGAGAUGGCCAUGUAUCUGAAGGUCAGGAGUCUCUUCGAUAAGGAUGCGGAGGGUGCCAUGAACUCGCAGCAAUUAAGUUCGACCGUGGCUCACCUUUGGGGCUCUAUGCUUGAUGAAGUAGUCGUUUGGGGCAUCACCCGACUUAUGGGCGAAGCUUUCCGACUUCACUCUCAAGCACUCGUUGGCUACGUGGAUGACGUUGAGGCGUCGUCCAACGUCUCGACGCCCUCUAUGAUUUCUCAAGGGGCCGACGAGGAGAGUGUGUAUUAGAAAUUUUCACGAGACUCACGAUUUUCCUAGUCUUUUGUCUACUAAUUAGGGGCGGUAUGGGAGAAGUGCGUGGGGGUGUUGUUGUUUAUGGGACUCGUCGUCUUUCUCAUAGUGUUUGCAUCCGACAUCUGCAUCCGACGUCAACUGGUCUCAAGGGGAGGGCCU